AUGGACUCGGUUUUGCGUGACAUGCCCUUCAUAUUUGUGUAUCUGGAUGAUAUACUGGUGGCGAGUCCUUCCGUUGAGGAGCACAGCUUACACCUCCGCCUCCUUUUCGAGCGGCUCACUGAGCACGGGUUGAUCGUGAAUCCAGUUAAGUGCCAAUUUGGACUGUCAGAAAUUGAGUUCCUGGGACACCGCGUUUCGAGGCAGGGUGCUGUACCACUCCCUGCUAAGAUUGUAAAUUACAUGGAAGUCACUUCGGGAAGAUUCGUGAAGCAGAAGAGGCGCCGAACAGCCAGUGGCUCUGGGGCAAGGUGCCUCAACGGGGUGGAGGUUGUGGCCCUGAAGAUUUUCACGUGCUUCAUCCCAAAUGAAGACGUCAGUUGGUGUGGUGAGUCAGUUGGUGUGUGUGACGUCGUGGGGUGUGUGGACUUGGUGUGUGUGACGUCGUUGGGUGUGUGUGACGUCGUUGUGUGUGUGGAAUCAGUUGGUGAGUGUGACGUCGUGGGUGUGUGUGACGUCAGUUGGUGUUGGGGUGUGACGUCAGUUGUGUGUGUGACCGUCAGUUGUGUGUGUGGACGACAGUUGGUGUGUGUGACGUCAGAUGGUGUUUGUGACGUCAGUUGGUGUUUGUGCGUCAGUUUGCGUGUGUGUGACGUUGUAGGUGUGUGGGUGAGUCAGUUGGUGUGUGUGAUGUCAGUUGGUGUGUGUGCGUCAAUUGGUUUGGUGUGUGUGACGUACGUGGUGUGUGUUGACGUUACAGAUGGUGUGUGUGACGACGUUGGUGUUUGUGGAGUAGUUGGUGUUUAG